AGCUUCGCGCCAGAGUUAGCUGUUCAUUGGCUGCGGCAGGAGCGGGCGGUCCUGCUGGCAGCGGUUACCCGGGUUUCCGGUGCCCGGCGGAGCGGGAGGACGCCGUUGGACCUCCGUGGUGAGGUUUGUCUGUUGUCGAUCACAAUGAAGAACCAAGACAAAAAGAACGGCCCUGCCAAACACUCCAACCCGAAGAGCACCCCGGGGCCACGGGAAGCGGGAGCAGAGGGAGCCCAGGGACGGCCCAGACACACAGCUCCUGCGCCGGAGGCUGAAGGUUCCACAAACCAGGCUCCUGGGAAGACUGAGGGAGCUCAAGCCAAAGCAGCUAAGUCUGGGCCCCUGUGUGAUGUGUCUGAGGAGCUGAGCCGGCAGCUGGAAGACAUUCUGAGUACAUACUGUGUUGACAACAAUCAGGGAGGCCCAGGCGAGGAGGGAGCACAGGGUGAGCCCACUGAGCCUGAAGAUGCAGAGAAGUCCCGGACCUAUGCAGCAAGGAAUGGGGAGCCUGAACCAGGGAUUCCAGUAGUCAAUGGUGAAAAGGAAACCUCCAAGGGAGAGCCAGGCUCAGAAGAAAUCCGAGCAAGUGAUGAGGUUGGAGACCGAGACCACCGAAAGCCACAAGAAAAGAAGAAAGCCAAGGGUCUGGGGAAGGAGAUCACGUUGCUGAUGCAGACACUGAACACGCUGAGUACCCCAGAGGAGAAGCUGGCUGCACUGUGCAAGAAGUAUGCUGAACUGCUGGAAGAGCACAGAAACUCACAGAAGCAGAUGAAGCUCCUGCAGAAGAAGCAGAGCCAGCUCGUACAGGAGAAGGAUCAUCUCCGUGGUGAGCAUAGCAAAGCUGUCCUGGCCCGAAGCAAGCUUGAGAGCCUAUGCCGGGAGCUGCAGCGACACAACCGAUCCCUCAAGGAAGAAGGUGUGCAGAGAGCCCGUGAGGAGGAGGAGAAACGAAAAGAGGUGACUUCACACUUCCAGGUGACACUGAAUGACAUUCAGCUGCAGAUGGAACAGCAUAAUGAGCGAAACUCCAAGCUGCGCCAAGAGAAUAUGGAACUGGCGGAGAGGCUCAAGAAGUUGAUUGAGCAGUAUGAGCUUCGUGAAGAGCAUAUCGACAAAGUCUUCAAACACAAGGACCUGCAGCAGCAGCUAGUGGAUGCCAAACUCCAGCAGGCCCAGGAGAUGCUGAAGGAGGCAGAGGAGCGGCACCAGCGGGAGAAGGAGUUUCUCCUGAAAGAAGCAGUGGAGUCCCAGAGGAUGUGUGAGCUGAUGAAGCAACAGGAGACCCACCUGAAGCAGCAGCUUGCCCUGUACACAGAGAAGUUUGAGGAGUUCCAGAAUACACUUUCCAAAAGCAGUGAAGUGUUUACCACAUUCAAGCAGGAAAUGGAAAAGAUGACAAAGAAGAUCAAAAAGCUGGAGAAAGAAACAACCAUGUAUCGAUCCCGGUGGGAGAGCAGCAAUAAGGCUCUGCUCGAGAUGGCUGAAGAGAAAACUCUCCGGGACAAAGAGCUGGAAGGGCUGCAGGUGAAAAUCCAACGAUUGGAGAAGCUAUGCAGAGCACUGCAGACAGAGCGCAAUGACCUGAACAAGAGGGUACAGGACCUGACCGCUGGUGCCCAGGGCUCCCUCACUGACAUUGGCACUGAGCGGAGGCCAGAGUCUGCCACUGACUCCAAGGAACAAGGGCUUGAGAGUCCUGGAGCUCAACCAUCCAGCUCCCCAAGGGCCACAGAAGUUCCUGGCUGCCCUGGAGCACCAAGCACAGAAAUAGCAGGCCAAACAGGGCCCCGGCAGCCCACUUCUGCCACUGCCUAGAGAUCAUGGUGCUUGGGCAUGCUGGGAAGGGAGCAGCAGCCCAGUCAGGCCUGGUUCAUACAAGGCUCCCACACUGAGCAGCCCAGUGCUAAGGCCAGGGUGUUCUGACCUGGAGGGCAUUGGACACUUUGCAAUUUUCCAAUUGUGGGUUAGUCUUACUUACAUGAUGGGGCAGGUGUGCAGUUAACACCUGUAGGGGUACAGUGGGCUUUCAUCAAGGGUGGGAUAUGCAGAUGAAGUUGGUGACUCUACACCGAAGUCUUAGAAGAUUUCAUCUGUAGCUGCCAUCCAGUGAGCCACCAGGUCAGAUGACUUGAACAUUUUCCUGCCUGACUUUGAGGCUCAGACCUGUCAGCCUUUUCAGAGCUCGUGAAGAGUGAACACCCAGGCCUGGACUCCUCCCUUGUAAGCAGAGCUUGGGCAGUUUGGGCUCUUGUUGCUCCCCUGGAGGUUCCAUUGCUGGGAAUGGUGUUCCUGGGCAGAGCCUUUGUAAGAAACAGCUGGUGGUUAAGCUUCCUCUAGCCCAAGACAAGGAAACUGAGGGGUGUGUCUGUGUGUGAAGGAGCCCCUUCAGGCACCAGUUCCCUGCCCUCUGGUAGUGCCAGGUCCAGGCCAGUGUUGCUUCCCAUUCUCAGUAGCCUUAUCAUUCACAGGUGCCUCUAGCCUGCACAAAUGAUUGACACAAGGUCACCCAAAGGAUUCUGUUUGGAGGUGUUGUUGUUUUGUUUUACAUAAGAGUUCGUAUUAAAGAUCUACAAAGGAAGGGAGAGGGAUAUACUAGCAAUGGGCCCAGGUGCCUGGCCUCCAGGGCCCCAUUCUCCACAACCCUGUCAGGGUCCUUUGCCGUGUUGGUGCCAAGGUGUCUUGUUUGGGAAGUUAAGAUUAUUAAGAGAAAGGUUAAUGACCUUGCCACAAACUUGCCUAUGGGUUUCAGCCUGGGAGGCUACCAUUAAGUCUCAUGACCAUCUCGAUGUAGCCAUUGCUGGACCCUAGAUCCAGAUGCCCCUUGGCUUAUGGGUGUUUUUUCCCCCUCCUCUCCCCUGACCUCCAGCUCAGAUGAGUAAUUUUUGAGGACUGUUCUGGUGCAGUUUCCUAGCACCAUCUUGGCCAAAAAAAUGAGUCCUUGGGAUUUUCUUGCUGCCUGAGCCUCCAGGUGUCAGGAAUAACAACAGACUGGUCCCAGGAACUAAGACAGCUGCAGGGAGUUGUGUCUGCCUUUCCUCCACGUCCUGCUCACAUCUGUGCUCACAUCUGCAGCUCACACCUGCCAGGGUGUGCAGUUUACACAGGUCACUGGGACAACAGCUUCUGUAAGCUAAGAAAACCAUAGACCAAGAUUGGUUGAAAUUUUGCUUCUUGUGGUGUUUCAGCUAUUGCAUUAUCCUGUAAGUUGCUUCAUCUUUCAUAACUAGCUGCUAAGCCCACACAUGGACACAUUCAGACUUGAGCUGGGUGUGUGCCUGUAAACCCAGGACUCAACAGGACAUUGAACUUCAGACCAGUCUGGGCUAGGAGCCGAACCCCUUGUCAGAAAAUUGAAAGUAAAUAGAACAUUACUGCUUACAAUCAUGUGUUCAACACAAGGAAUUACAAACUAAUGUCUCUUUCCUGUGUUGGGCACUACCACUUCAAGAACCUGCUAUGCUGGUAACUAGCGUGCCUAGCAGCAGUGUGGAUGUUGAGGCUUCUUUGCCAUCUCCAGCGAGGGUCUGUUGUCCUGUGGAGGUUCUCCCAAAAUUUUUCCCUUGGAAAUCAUAGUAUUCUUCCUGCUCUGGGAAGGCCUUGAAGCCCUUAUGCCAGGCUGAGAUCUGAACUGUUAACCCUCUGGGGCAUGUUUGGCUGCAGAGGAGUGAGGACAAGGUAUUUUCUGCUGUGGCCCAUGUAAUUGGCCUGCCUCACUUCAGAUACCUCUUAAAGCCCAUGCAGGGGUUACAGCCGUUUGGUCUCAGUGGUAUGGGCUAGGAAGCUACAAUGUGUAGAACCUUGAAGCUAUUAGCUCUGUCUAAUUUCUAAGCACCCAGGGCAAAAUCUAGAUGGUUGUCUCUUCCUCACCACUGACCAAUUUUUUUUUUUGUUGUUUUUUUUUUGUUUUUUUUUGUUUUUGGAGACAGGGUUUCUCUGUAUUGUCUUGGAGUCUGUCCUGGAACUGGUUCUGUAGACCAGGCUGGCCUCGAACUCACAGGGAUCCACCUGCCUCUGUCUCCUGAGUGCUGGGAUUAAAGGCGUGCGCCACCAACACUGACCAAAUCCUAAGUCACUACAGCUGCUCUGCUUUCCUAAGUCAACCCAGGAGUUUGUGCCAGCUGCAGGGAGGUGGCCUGUCUGUGAGUGAGGGCCAAUGCCUUCCUCACUCCAGUGAGUUCAUGCACAUGACUUCAUUUUAGGACCAAGAUCUGUGUUGGUUUAUAGGAUUGAUAGCUUUUUCUCUAGAGGACCACAGUGGGUAAGGCUUAGCACCCAGGGCCCUUGGCUACACCCACAGUGACAUUUGAGUCCUGUCCCGUUGAGAGCUUCAUGUAUACCAUGUCCCCAGCACUUUGUUUCUUUGAUUUCCAUGAGGUUUUUGGACCAUGGGCAGUGCUCAGGCACUUUGUGAGAGUGUUGUUUCUGCAAUGAUGGUUAUUUAACCCUCCUCACCCCGCCUUGUUAGUCCUACUGAGGGUUAGUAGAGCUGUCCGGGUAUCUAUAGGGAGGCUGAGGCCUGCUCAAUGCUGUUCCUACCCUCCCACCCCAACUUCAUGGGUGGGCCACCAGGCACCUGGCUGUCCCUCUUGACCAGCCUGGAGUAGGAGAGCCGCCUCUGCCCCAUAAUUGCUUUCCUUUGCCACUCACACUUGUUUGAGGUUGUGCUCAUAGCUUUUUGUUUUUCUCUUCCCUUCCCGGUCUAUUUUUCGUAUUCACAACAGCCAGGGACUUGAUAUUGAUGUAUUUUACACCAUAUUAAAUAGUCUGUUGCCUUA